AAAAUGACCAACACAAAGGAAAAAAGGAGAGGCACCCACUCAGUGGUCUCUAGGGCUUUUAGAACCUGGAGUUUCCUUUGCCCAAUCUUGUAAAUCUACCAGGAAAGUGAUACUGUAGACAUCGAGGGCAUGGGCACGGCUCAAAAAGGAAUGCCCCCCAGAUGUUCCCAUGACAAACCUGGAAGAGUCUACAAUAUCACCCAGCAUGCAGUGGGCAUUGUUGUAAACAAACAAGUUGAGGGCAAGAUCCUUGCCAAGAGAAUUAAUGUACAGAUUGAGCAUAUUAAGCAUUCUAAAAGCCAAGAUAGCUUCCUGAAAUGUGCGAAGGAAAAUGAUCAGAAAAAGAAGGAAGCUGAAGAGAAAGGCACAUGGGGUCAACUGAAGCAUCAGCCUGCUCUGCUCGGAGCAGUUCCCUGCGUGAGGACCCAUGGAUACAAGCCUGAGGUGCUGGAACCCAUUCCCUCUGAAUUUGUAGCAUGA